AUGGUUCGCGUGAAGGGGAAGAGACAGCGACUUCUUGGUGCUUGCGCGAGGGAAGAUGUCGGAGGUGCAGUGCUCGGGCGAGGGAAGAAGAGGAGAACUGGCGGCUACUGGGAGGCGGCGUCGCGAGGUCAGGAGGAGGAGAAGAUUUGGCAUGGCGAGGCUGCGGAGAAGGAUAGAUUAAAUUCGAGUGUCAACCAAGAGCCAACUGAUAAUUGUCAUGAUGAUUUUGAAACUGUUAAUUUGUGUGAGGCAGCGUAUGAUAACCAUACAAAAAAUCCAGAAGCAUUUAUGAAGUUUUUGGAGGAAGCAGAGAAGCCACUGUAUAAGGGAUGCAAACGUUACACAAAGUUGAGUGCACUUGUAAAACUAUACAAUACCAAAGCAAGGCAUGGGAUGAGUGAUGCUCUAUUUUCAGAUCUACUAGCAGAUUUUGGGGACAUGCUGCCAGAUAACCACAAUCUGCCAUCGUCAAUUUAUGAAGCAAAGAAGACGUUGAGUUGUUUGGCUUUGAGUCAUGAAAAGAUUCAUGCUUGUUCCAAUGAUUGCAUCCUUUAUAGGAAACAAUAUAAAGACUACGUAAGCUACCCGAAAUGUGGCUUAUCAAGAUGGAAGCUAACCAAGAAAAAUGUUGAGAAGAAAGGUGUUCCUGCCAAAGUGGUUUGGUAUUUCCCUCCCAUACCAAGAUUUAAGCGCAUGUUUAAAUCUUUAGAAACUUCCAGAAAUUUAACAUGGCAUGCAGAUAGCACAAGAGUUGUUGGUCAGUUACGCCAUCCAGUUGAUUCACCGUCAUGGAAAUUGGUGGAUCAUAUGUGGCCCGACUUUGGAAGUGAGGCAAGAAAUAUUCGCCUGGCACUUGCAGCCAAUGGAAUUAAUCCUCACAGCAAUCUUAGUAGUCGCUAUAGUUGCUGGCCAAUCAUGCUGGCCACAUAUAAUUUGCCUCCAGACAUGUGCAUGAAAAGGAAAUUCAUCAUGCUAACGAUGCUCAUUUCAGGGCCGAAACAGCCUGGAAACGAUAUCGACGUCUACCUUGAGGUUCUGGUUGAUGAUUUGCAACUGUUAUGGGAAGGAGUUGAUGGAGUUUAUGAUGCUUAUCGAAGGGAGGUUUUCACUCUUAAAGCAGUUCUUUUAUGGACCAUCAACGACUUUCCUACAUAUGGUAACCUUAGUGGAUGUACUACACAUGGUUAUUACGCAUGCCCAAUAUGUGGUGAGGAUACUUAUGCAAAGCACUUACCAAAUGGGAAGAAAAUGUCAUUUGCUGGGCAUAGACGAUUCCUACCACGAUUUCAUCCAUAUCGGAGGCAAAUAAAGGAGUUUAAUGGCAUGGAGGAACUUGGUGAAGCAGGUAGGCCAUUAUCUGGAAUUAAGUUGUUUGACAAGCUUUCAGACAUAACAUGUAAGUUUGGAAAGAAAACAAGUGUGAAGGGGAAAAUAAGGAAAAAGCAAAGGAGAAUGUUGUGGAAGACAUUGAAGAAGAAAAGUAUGUUGGAGCUACAAAUUUCAGGAAAAACCAAGGACAAUGUGGCAGCUAGGUUGGACAUGGUUCAGAUGGGAAUUAGGCCUCAAUUGGCUCCUAAAAUUGGUGAGAAAAGAACAUAUCUACCUCCUGCAGCAUGCUCAUUUACAAAAAGUGAGAGAUUACAAGUAUGUAGGUCAUUAAUGGAUAUAAAAGUUCCGGAAGGUUUCUCAUCAAACAUGAAGAAUCUUGUCUGCAUGGAUGAGAUGAAGCUGAGUAGCUUGAAAUCACAUGAUUCUCAUGUUAUAAUGCAGCACUUCCUGCCAAUAGUCAUACUAUUUCCCCCUUCUUUCUUCAAUAUCAUGCUCCACUUAACAGUUCAUCUUGUUCGUGAAGUACAAUUAUGUGGACCAGUCUACUUCAGAUGGAUGUACCCAUUUGAAAGAUGCAUGAAGGUGUUGAAAAGUUACGUAGGCAGUCGAAAAUAUCUGGAAGGUUGCAUUGUUUGGAGAUAUGCAGCAGAAGAAGCAGUUGAAUUUUGUUCAGAAUAUCUCAAUGACCUUGAUCCUGUUGGGGUCCCUAAAUCACUACGUGACCCAAACGCAAGCAUUCCUGGAUUCUCAGCAAGUAAUUCAUCAAUCAUCGUCCAACAAAUUGAUCUCCAACAAGCACACUUGACUGUUCUAGAAAAUACAGAAGAAAUAUCUCCAUACAUUAUUGAACACAAAUCCUUCUUGAAGACAAUGUUUCCCAAGAAACAGAAAGAUGCAAGGUGGAUACAAGAUGCUCAUAAUAAGAGGUUCAUUGACUGGUUUCGUGCAAAGGUUGCUGCUGAAAUCGAUAUUUGCAAUGGUGGAAUGACAUCGUCAUUGAGAUGGCUGGCCCAUGGACCACGUGUGCGAGUCUUAAAGUGUGAUAGCUAUGUCAUAAAUGGCAAUUUAUACCAAACAAAAGAGAGGGAUGAUGAGAAAGUUUGUCAAAACAGUGGUGUUUCUCUACUUGCCAACAUGAUGCUUGUUUGUAGUGCCAAAGAUAAGAAUCUCGUGUUAGAGAAUGUGACUUUUUAUGGAGUUAUUGAAGAGAUAUGGGAACUAGACUAUCAUCAAUUUCAAGUUCCUCUUUUCAAGUGCGCAUGGGUAUCAAAUGACAAAGGAAUACAAUACAAUGAUGAAUGUGGCUUCACCUUAGUUAAUCUGAACAAACAAGGCCACCAGAAGGAUGAAUUUGUGCUUGCAAGUCAAGUUAGACAAGUAUUUUAUGUUGCUGACCCACUGAACAAAGGGUGGUCAAUAGUGCUUCAAGUUCCAAAUAGAUGUUACGAGGCAGAAGAGGAUCUUUGGACAAGAAUUCCCGAAGCUCGACCAAUUGAUAAUGUUGAUAUUCAUUGUAUUCCUACACAUGAAGGAUACUUUAGAUCUUCUAAAGAGGGUUUCUUUGUAACAAACAAGAAAAAAUGA